AAAUCCACAUAGCCCUUCGCAGGUAAAGUGCGACGAUUAAUUCGGCAGAACCAUAAGUAUAUUUACAAUUAUUUAAUUUGAAUUGUAUGUGUCGGUACAACGUGAUUCUUUUGAAGUUCCAGAACAAUGAAUUCAAGGGAACAAAAAAUUAACGUUCACGGUGUCGAUUUAAAUUACCUAAAAGUCGGUAGUGGAAAACACGCAGUCCUUAUGCUUCCUGGCGCUAUGGGGUCAAUAUGGUCGAAUUUUAGGCCACAAAUUGAAAACUUGGAUAGGAACGAGUUUACAAUUAUAGCCUGGGAUCCGCCCGGUUAUGGACAGUCAAGACCACCAACCCGUAAAUUCGACGAAGGGUUUUUGCAGCAGGACGCAAUCUAUGCUAAAAAUCUCAUGUGCACUCUUGGCUACGAUAAUUUCUCUACUAUCGGUUGGUGCAACGGUGGAAUAACGUCUUGCUUUCUCGCUGCCAGGCAUCCCGAAUCUGUACAAAAAAUGAUCCUUAUUGGCACCAACUCUUACAUACUACCGGAGGAAAUAACAAUUUACAGAGGGUUGAAGGAUUUGGACGCAUGGACAGAAAGUAUGAUGUCUCCGUUGGCCGCUAUUUACGGAGAGAAGUACGUUCGAAAUGUGUGGCCAUCAUGGGUCGACGCGAUGGAAGAAAUAUACGAGAAACGAAAUGGAGACAUCUGCUCAGCUUUCCUCGAAAAGAUACAGUGUCCAACGUUAAUAGUACACGGUGAGGGAGACAGACUUGUCAAGGAAAGCCACGCUGCUGUGAUCCGCAACAAAAUCCGGAAGUCCAGGGUGUAUAUAUUUGAAAAGGGAUAUCACGACCCUCACUUGAGAUUUCAGGCAGAAUUUAAUGAUCUAGCAACGCAGUUUUUACUGUCUCCGUUUCAAGAUUCAGAACCGUAGUAAGUAUGUGAAAUAGAACUGCUAUAUAUCUUCGAUUUUUUGUGUUAUUCAAUAUAUUUCAUCUACACAGAA